CAGCAGAAGCAUGCUCUUGGCCCAGAUAAACCGGGACUCCCAGGGAAUGGCAGAGUUUCACGAUGCAGCCGGGCAGCCGCUCACCCUCCGCCUGACAGAGGCUGUGAGCGUGUCAGAUGGCGAUCAGAUGGAGAGCAUGGACACCGUGAGCCUGCAGGCCGUCACUCUAGCGGACGGAUCCACUGCAUACAUCCAGCAAAACUCCAAAUCAGCCUUUUCGGAUGGACAGGUCAUGGACGGCCAGGUCAUCCAGCUGGAGGACGGCUCGGCGGCCUACAUUCAGCAUGUGUCGAUGCCCAAAGGAGUUUUAGGAGGGGACAGUUUACAGCUUGAAGAUGGACAAGCAGUUCAGCUGGAAGACGGAACAACUGCCUACAUCCACACACCCAAAGAUGCAUAUGACCAAAGCGGCCUGCAGGAGGUGCAGCUGGAGGACGGCAGCACCGCCUACAUCCAGCACACGGUGCACAUGCCCCAGUCCAGCACCAUCCUGGCCAUUCAGGCUGACAGCACCAUCGCGGACCUGCAGGCCGAGGCUAUGGCCAUCGACCCCGAGACCAUCAGCGUGCUAGAACAGUACACCACCAAGGUGGAGAACAUUGAAAACCCUUUGGGUUCCUUCAGCAGAUUGGAAGCAGACAAUGGCGUCCACAUGCGGAUCGUGUUACAGGGUCAAGACAACAGGUUGGGGAGGAGCUCAAACGUAGGAGAGAAGUCUUUCCGCUGUGACUACGAGAGCUGUGGAAAGCUCUACACCACCGCCCACCAUCUCAAGGUACACGAGCGCUCGCACACUGGAGACAAGCCGUACGUCUGUGACUAUUCAAGCUGUGGGAAGAAAUUUGCAACAGGGUACGGACUAAAGAGUCACUCACGCACACACACUGGGGAGAAGCCAUAUAGAUGUCAAGAACUGAAUUGCUGUAAGUCCUUCAAAACAUCUGGGGACCUUCAAAAGCACACAAGGACUCAUACAGGAGAGAAGCCUUUCAAAUGUCCGAUGGACGGCUGCGGCAGAUCCUUCACCACCUCCAACAUCCGCAAAGUCCACAUCCGAACGCACACUGGUGAGCGGCCCUACUACUGCGCCGAGCCCAGCUGUGGCCGCUCGUUUGCCAGUGCCACCAACUACAAGAACCACAUGAGAAUACACACGGGAGAGAAACCUUAUGUCUGCACCGUGCCUGGCUGUGAAAAGCGCUUCACGGAAUACUCAAGCCUCUACAAACACCAUGUGGUUCACACGCCAUGCAAACCCUACAAUUGCAACUACUGUGGGAAGACAUACAAGCAGAUCUCCACACUUGCCAUGCACAAACGCACAGCGCACAACGACACGGAGCCCAUCGAGGAGGAGCAGGAGGCCUACUUUGAACCCCCAAUAGACACCAUCGAUGACCCCAACGCUAGCUACACAACGUCGGUUGUUGAGGCGGACGACUCCGGCUCAGAGCAGGUUCCUGUGGAGGGCUCGGACAUGAUUUGUCAGCAGCAUGUUGCCCUGGUAAUGCAGGAGGACAGGACACAACAGCAGGUCAGUAUCUCCGAAGCGGACUUACAAGCUGUGGGUGGAACAAUCACCAUGCUAACCCAAGAAGGCACAACCAUAACCAUCCCGGCCCACGAACUGACGAUGCACGGCGGUCACUCGGUCACCAUGGUAACAACACUCGGCCCAGAUGAACAAGUGGCCAUCAUGACGCCAGACAUGGCUGCGUUUCAAACCGUGGAGGAGGCCGGCUACAGCCAAGAGCAGGAUGACAUUCAUCCCGUCACAUUACUUGCCACCUCCAACGGCACUCACAUUGCUGUGCAGUUAUUCAGGAGGAGAAGAAGAAGAAGAAGAAGAAGAAGAAGGAAGACGACCGGAAACGUCUGCCAUGUAGUUUAAAUGUAGACGAUCUGUGAAAUGGAACAUUUGGGAACAAAAAUUUGGCAGUAGAGGCCCAUUGAAUUCAGAGGUAUUAGUUAUAGCCUUGGUAUGGUUCCCACAGAGUCUGCUGCAUUUUUGAUUGAUUGAUUUUACUGACAACUACACUCCGUGUGCUGUCAGUCAUAUGAUACCAACAGGAGUUUCGGUCAUAACGGUAUUUAAAUGAAUGCCUACCCGGAUCCAACCACAGGGAGCUAUUUGCUUUAACACUCAACUAAAAGUCAUUGGUAGGUGGAGUUUAACUCAGGGGUUUUACAUCACAAAAUUAUCAAAAUCAAAAUUAUCAUAAUCUUUAAUCCAUACAAAAAUAGAUUGCGCUUUAAUUACAUAUUAUUAAUCAAUUCAAAGGACUUAAUUAACUUAUCAUGCCUGAAACCACAGAUUGUUAUCUCAUCAAAGGUUACCGGUCUCAUGGCGUUACCCUUACAGGAAAACCCUGUUGUCAUUCGCCCCCACAGUGCCUUUCUAUCAUUGUAAUUAUACAGCAAACCUCUUAUUACCAACAUGCAACAGCAUUUUAACGCAGCGGUCAGUCAAGCCGGGGUGUUAGUCUUUUGAAGGGGAAAAUGAAUGAUUAAUGACAGCUAUCAGUGUGUCGAUAGACGUGUGUGUCAUGUGUGUCCCAUUGUUUUCCUUCUCUGUAGCUCAGCGAUCAGCCUUCGCUGGAGGAAGCCAUCAGAAUAGCAUCAAGAAUACAGCAAGGAGAGUCGCUGGGCCCUUAAUGAUUGAUGCCCUCAUUAUGGACCGUGAAUUAGAAUUUUAAAGAAAAACACAUCUCACUUGGACUAUAUCUACAAGAUAAAUCACACGUCUUCCGUCAUGUGUUUUUUUCUUUUUUUCCACUAAAGAACUUAUCUUUUAUGCGUACAUAGGAUUUUGAUAACUGGACUUCUGCUCUGCUUCUUUGUUCCCCAUGGGAGAUGGGAAAAUGCUCUCUUAUUUUUAUGGUGCACAGUGCUCAGUUCAAUGUACAGCUAAUGCUAUUUAUAAUAAAGGUAAAAAGAAGUGGUUGUAAUUGA